GUUCUUCAUUCGUCGCUUGGCAUUCGUUUGGUCAACAGCAGCACAGAAGAAAAGGUAGAAAGGUCCGCCAACGCAUUCACUUAUAGACGCACACACACAGACACUACCUGACUUUGAAGUGGUUUAGAGGGAGUGGAGUUUUAGAAAGUAGCACAGUCAAUAUGGAAAUUAAAAUUGUGUUACUCUCGUGUCUGUGCUACACACUCGCUGUGGCACUGCCCACACAGAAUGGCGAUGCAGAUGCACCGUCGCAGCAGCGCUUCGCUAGCGCCGCUUCGCAGAAGAUCGCACUGAAUAUGCUGAAAUUUAAUGUGGAUAUCGACUCCAAUCAAGUUUAUUCACCGCUGGGUAUCAGCUCCAUACUGGCUGUCUUGGCGGAGGGUGCGGCAGGCGACACAUACGAGGAGUUCAGCAAGACGCUUGGCUUCCCCGCCGAUCGUGCUGAUUUACGGGCCUCCUUCCAGCGCAUACUCUCGCGCUACCAGAAUCGCGAAUAUUCCACAGCGCCUUCAUUCCAAACCUGGUUGUACAUUUAUCGCAACAACACUGCGCGCGAUGAGUUCAAGCAAUCGGUGCGUGACAACUACUUUGUCAUGGUUAAAGACAUCAAUGGCGAUGAGUAUGAUUGGAAUGAGCCGAACACUUCGUUGGAUUUGGAGACCAGUUCGGUGAGCAACAGCAAAGAUGUUGUCGGCUUUGAGACUUUGAAGCGUUUGAGAACCGAUGCAAACUUGGCUGCCGCUGCUACAGAGACGCAGUCUGUAGACACAUACGGCGAGGAAGUGAUUGAUAAGGAAGCGUCUAAAUUCGAUCGCGAUGUCGACGAUAAGCAAUAUGUGGAGAAACCAGCGAUACUGGAGGAGAUUAAAAAACUUCAAUCUGAGAAGCAGGAAGGUGAGCAACUUGUUGACGAGCCACCGAAAACAGCAGCAGGUUCGGCGAGCACCACCACAAUCGAUGAAGUGAGUGAACAGUUCAAAGAAACCGAAGCUGCAGAUAUCGCAGAAAUACCCCGACACGAAGAUGAGCUGGUCGCCAAGGAUAUUAGCAAACGCGAAGAGGAUGUGAAUUUCGAAGACAAUGAGACGGUGCAUUCUGGGGAGAAGUUGCAAAAGCACUACGGUGAUGACAAUGUUGGUGUUAUACCGAUCCAAGAAGUGUUGGACUCCAAUGAACCCGAAAAAGUUUCUUUACCGUUGGAAAAACUGGAAAGCGCGCUGGAUACGGCGAAUAAAAAUGCUGGCGAGAUAAUGAUCGCGCUCGAGUCGCACAUAAGCUCGGUACGGAGGGCUUUGGGUGCACGCAGUCUCUUCCGCAAGGAGGACAUCGCGCACGCAUUGAGCGCUAAUUCAAUUACAGGACGUGACGCCGGUUCGAAAACAAAAAUGCUGCUCUUCAAUGGUCUUUACUUUGCCGGUCUUUGGGCGCAACCGUUCACCAAAGUGAGUUCGGAAGAAGACAGUUUCUUCUUUAUGACUGCCGAGGACGCCAUGAAAGCACCAAUGAUGGAAACCCAAGGUACAUUCCAUGUCGCCGAAUUGGAGCAUUUAAAUGCGAAGGUGAUCUGUUUGCCAUACGAGAACAAAAAAUACGCAUUAAUGAUUGUGCUGCCCAACGAGACAGAGGGACUGCGACCGCUCAUCGAGAAGCUGCAACCCGAAGAUAUUAAGAAAGCCAAAUCGCUGGUGCAAAAGAAGGAGCUACGCCUCAUAAUGCCUAAAUUCCAAGUCGAUGAAACCUCACGCUCCGAAGCCAUGUUGAAGAACAUCGGUUUGAACAAGCUCUUCACGCGUCAAGAUUCCGAUCUCAGCCUAUUGUCCGCCGAUAAUGAUCUGCAUGUGGACGAAGUGGUGCAAUUUGUGAGUGUGCGUGUUGAUGAGAGCGGCAGCAGCGAGAAUGCGCUCACCGCCUCCAACACACAGGCACGCACAGCUGCCGCGCUCGAACUCGACUCGCUUGAAGUGAAUCGUCCGUUCUUGUACUUCGUUAUGGACUGCGAGGAAGAGUUCGUUAUUGCUGCGGGCAAAAUUUACACACCCGAAUUGAAGGAGGAUCCACCGGUUUCCAUUGAAGUGGAGUUUGAACAAUAAACAUAGCAACACAUUUCAUAUCCGACGAGCGCAUCAUUUUACGUAAACUCAUCUGCAAUAUCGAGAAUAUAGGUCCACCCAUUUUUUUACAUUUUUCUAAAAUGUCCAAUACAUUUUUUAAUAAAAAAAAAGAAAAUAUAAAA